AUGGCUUUGCCUCUCCCCCUGGGCCUGGUGCCCUCAGAGGCCGCCUUUCUGUGCGAAAUGGAGCUCGUCACCGUCGUUCCCCGCCAGCGCCUCGAGAGCAUUGAGCUUCUCUCGGGCUCGACUCCCAAGCUUCGCCCGCCACACCGCGCUGAUCUGCCUCUCUGGCUAGCAAUUCUACUCAAAAAGCAGCGACGCGCCAACAUCGUGCCCCCGGCAUGGCUCCAUCCCGAAUCCCUUCGCGAAAUCGUCACCUACGAAACUGCCAUCGACGUCAAGGAUUGGGCACCUCCCCCUCCACCGCCCGUCAGAGCCGACAGCAGAGGCAAUUCGAAAAGGUUCAACUCUACAGAUGCGGACAUCAUAUUGUCGCCUCCGUUUCUGCCGUCCUGCACGACGGCAGCUCCAGCAGGCGCCCUACCGUACCAUUGGUUCGAGUUCGCCGAGAUGCUUCUCGCUCACGCCAGCGAUGAUGUUCCGUCCGCCUCCGAAGUGCGCUCUCUUCUGAGAGAUCUUCAGGAAGCUCGAUCAGCUAAGAUGAGAUCCAAAAUCACACAGCCGGAAAGCCACGGCGAAGGCGUCACGAGCCUUCGGGGCGUCGGGGCCAUGGAGCUUGCUGAGAGCAGAGGUUUUGUUGCCAGUGUAGCCGAGGGCGUUCGCAAGAUUGGUGCAAGUGCUGAAACCAUGCGGCGUGAAGAAGAGGAGGAACAUGGCCAAGAUAUGGACGACGAUAGCGAUGAUGACAUGGGUCUUUGA